AUGGCAGAUUCUGCCGACAAGGUGACCAAGGCGCCGGAUCCCCUGCCUGCUGCUAUUCAACCAAAUGAUCAAGACGAAAGUGCUGGUGGCCCCUAUAUCAUACAGAUUGGUCAAGGGGAUGGCAGCAAACGUGAUGAUGACGAUGGAGUCGGGGAAUCGAGCGAGGAGGAGGUGAAGAUCGAGAAUCCCGAGAAUCCCGAAGAGCCCGAGCAGCCCCCUCAUACCACGUUAGGGGUCACUCAAAGCCAUGCCACCCAUCUCAGUGGUGCCGCCUCGGCAUUAUCGAGAACAACUUCCGAGACAAAGCCAUGGUAUAAGACGCCCAACCCGCUGCGAUGGGGCGCUAUCCCUCCAGUGCCUGCCGAGAGGUCCGUGUCGAGGGAGCACACGGCUGGCUUCUUCAGCCUUCUCGUCUUUCAAUGGAUGGCACCGUUGAUGAGUGUCGGAUAUAAGAGGCAGCUUGAGCACAAUGACAUAUGGACCGUGAACCCAGACCGCGCUGCCGAGAAGCUGACCCUCAAGCUCAAAAAGUCCUUCCAGAAGCGCGUGGACAGGGGCGACAAACACCCUCUUCUCUGGGCCAUGCACGAGACCUUCUUCUUCGAGUUCUGGCUCGGUGGCAUCCUGCAGGUCAUGGCCACCAUCUUCCAGGUCAUGUCGCCCUUCAUCCUCCGCUAUCUCAUUCAGUUCGCCAACGAUGCCUGGGAUGCCGCCAUCGCCGGAACUUCGGCGCCCCAAAUCGGCCAGGGCAUCGGUCUCGUUCUCGGUGUCACCGCCAUGCAGAUCCUGCAGAGCUUGGGGGUCAAUCACUUCAUCUACCGCGGCAUGAUGGUCGGUGGCCAGACGAGGGCUGUUCUUAUCAGUUUCGUUUUCGAGAAGUCCAUGUCCAUAUCGGGCCGGGCCAAAGCUGGUGGCGCUAAGGAAGUCGACUCCUCGGAGCAUGAUAGCAGCGCCACGGAGGGGGAUGAGGGAUCCGAGGAGGAGAAAGCGGGAGAGAAGAACAAGGAGGAGAAAAAGAAAGAUCAAAAGAAGGAGAGCGAAGAGGGGAAGAAGGGCAACGGCAAGCGCCCAACAAAGUCUGACGCCGCCCCGGGUAUCUCCGGUGACGGUGCCGGCUGGGGAAACGGACGCAUCAUCAACUUGAUGAGCGUCGAUACGUACCGCAUUGACCAAGCUUCCGCGCUUUUCCACAUGGUCUGGUCGGGACCCCUCGCCAUCCUCAUCACCUUGGCCGUCCUCAUCGUCAACCUGGGCUACAGUGCGCUUGCCGGCUUCGCUCUCCUUGCCGUCGGCGUGCCUCUCCUGGCAAGAGCCAUCAGGAGUCUGUUCAGGCGCCGAAAGGCCAUUAACAAGAUCACCGACCAAAGAGUAAGCCUCACCCAGGAGGUGCUGUCGUCGGUUCGCUUCGUCAAGUACUUCGGCUGGGAAUCUGCCUUCCUCGACCGGCUCAAGGCCAUCCGCAAGCGCGAAAUCCACAGCAUCCAGUCGCUUCUUGCCAUCCGCAACGCCAUCAACGCCGUCAGCAUGUCCAUGCCCAUCUUCGCCAGCAUGCUCGCCUUCAUCACCUACUCGCUGACCGACCACACCAUGCGGCCCGCCGAGAUUUUCUCGUCCUUGGCCCUGUUCAACGGCCUCCGCAUGCCGCUUAAUUUGCUCCCCCUGGUCCUCGGUCAGGUCGUCGACGCUUGGUCGUCCAUCAAGCGGAUCCAGGAGUUUCUGUUGGCCGAGGAGCGGGAAGAGGACGUCACACGGAAACCGAGUGGUGAGAAUGCCCUCGAGCUGCACGGGGCUAGUUUCACCUGGGAGAGGACGCCGACGACGAAAGAGUCCGAGAAGGGAAAAGGGAAGGGCUCCAAACCCGGAAACGACGGGACCCAGGCGGCGAAGGGAGCGGCCCGGCCGCCGUCCUCUUCGGGGGGCGAUGCUUCUAGCCGCAGUACCGUUUGGGCGGACGAAAGGGAACCCUUCAAGCUGCAGCAGUUGGAGCUGGCGGUUGCUAGAAACGAGUUGGUAGCUGUCAUCGGUACCGUUGGUUGCGGCAAAAGCUCUCUCCUGGCGGCCCUGGCCGGGGACAUGAGGAAAACUUCAGGGGAGGUGGUCUUGGGAGGCUCGAGGGCCUUUUGUCCCCAGUAUGCCUGGAUUCGGAAUGCCACGGUUCGCGAUAAUAUCCUGUUCGGCAAGGAGAUGGACCGAGACUGGUACAACCAGGUGAUCGACGCGUGUGCACUCCGUCCUGAUUUCGAAAUGUUACCCAACGGCGAUGCGACAGAGAUUGGCGAGAAGGGUAUUACCAUCUCCGGUGGCCAGAAGCAGCGCCUCAAUAUCGCCCGAGCCAUCUACUACAACGCAGACAUCGUCCUCAUGGAUGACCCCUUGAGUGCCGUAGACGCCCACGUUGGCCGACAUAUCUUUGACAGGGCCAUCCUUGGCCUGCUGAAAGACAAAUGCAGAAUUCUAGCGACUCACCAGCUGUGGGUUCUCAACCGCUGCGACCGGAUCGUCUGGAUGGAAGGCGGCCAAAUUGUCGCCGUCGAUACUUUUGAUAAUCUGAUGAGCAACUCGGAGAGUUUUCAACAUCUGAUGGAGACGACCGCGGUUGAGGAGAAGAGAGACGAGGGACCGGUGGCCGAAACGAACGAGUCAGGGGUGGUCGAGGAGAAGAAGCGAAAAGGAGGUGGUGCACUCAUGCAACAGGAGGAAAGAGCCGUGUCGAGCGUUCCGUGGUCCGUCUACAGCGCGUAUAUUCGUGCGUCUGGCACGGUUCUCAGCGCGCCGCUGGUUAUAUUGUUCCUGGUUAUCGCGCUCGGGGCCAACAUGAUGACGGGGCUGUGGCUCUCGUAUUGGACAAGCGACCACUUCGGCAUGGCGACAGGAGGUUAUAUCGGGGUGUAUGCCGCCCUGGGCUUCGCCCAAGCCUUCCUUAUGUUUUGCUUCUCGGUCAUGCUUUCAAUCUUCGGCACCAACGCCAGCAGGGUCAUGCUCCGGCGUGCCGUCACGAGGGUCCUCCGGGCGCCCAUGUCCUUCUUCGACACCACGCCCCUCGGCCGGAUCACCAACCGGUUCUCGCGAGACGUCGAUAUCAUGGAUAAUAACUUGACCGACGCCUUCCGGAUGUACUUCCUCACCCUCGGUAUGAUCCUUUCCGUCUUCGCCCUGGUCAUCGCAUUCUUCCACUGGUUCGCCCUCGCCCUCGUCCCGCUUUCCGUCCUCUUCAUCUUCGCUGCCGCCUAUUACCGGUCGUCCGCCCGAGAGAUCAAGCGUUUCGAGUCCGUCUUGCGCUCGACCGUCUUCGCCAAGUUUUCCGAGGGCUUAAGCGGCACGGCCAGCAUCCGGGCGUAUGGCUUGAAGGAUCACUUCAUCACCGACCUGCGGACCGCCAUUGACAAGAUGAACGCCGCGUACUACCUCACUUUCUCCAACCAACGGUGGUUGUCGGUGCGAUUGGAUCUCGUCGGGAAUUUGCUCGUAUUCACGGUCGGCAUCCUUGUUGUCACCUCACGCUUUAGUGUGCCCCCCAGCACCGGAGGCCUGGUCCUCAGCUAUAUCCUUGCCACGGUACAGAUGAUCCAGUUCACGGUGCGGCAGCUGGCCGAGGUCGAGAAUGGCAUGAACGCCGUCGAGCGUCUCCAGUAUUACGGCACGCAGCUGGAGGAAGAAGCGCCCGUGCAUACCAUCGAGGUGCGGCCCUCGUGGCCAGAGAAGGGCGAAAUCAUCUUCGACGACGUCCAGAUGCGCUACCGUGCCAACCUGCCGCUCGUUCUCCAGGGCUUCACGCUGCACGUGGCUGGAGGCGAGCGCAUCGGCAUUGUCGGCCGCACGGGCGCCGGCAAGAGUUCCAUCAUGUCCACGCUCUUCCGACUGGUCGAGGUGUCGGGGGGUCGCAUCGUCAUCGACGGGGUCGACAUCUCCACCAUCGGCCUGCACGACCUCCGGUCUCGCCUCGCCAUCAUCCCGCAAGACCCGACCUUGUUCCGCGGCACCAUCCGGUCCAACCUCGACCCGUUUAACGAGCACACCGAUCUCGAGCUGUGGUCGGCCCUGCGCCAAGCCGACCUCGUCCCCGCGGGCGCGAACCUGACCGCCGACCCGCUGUCCAACGAGGCGUCGUCUCGCCUCCACCUCGACUCGGCGGUCGAGGAGGACGGCCUCAACUUCUCGCUGGGCCAGCGACAGCUUAUGGCGCUGGCGAGGGCGCUCGUGCGGGGCUCCCGCAUCAUCGUCUGCGACGAGGCGACGAGCUCGGUCGACAUGGAAACCGACGAUAAGAUCCAAAACACCAUCGCUACCGGGUUCCGCGGCCGGACGCUCCUGUGUAUUGCGCACAGGCUGCGGACCAUCAUCGGCUAUGACCGCAUCUGCGUCAUGGACGCCGGGCGUAUCGCCGAGCUGGGAACGCCGCUGGAGCUGUGGCAUAGGGAGGGCGGCAUUUUCCGGGGGAUGUGCGAUCGUAGUCUGAUUCGCGCGGAGGAUAUUGUACGGAGCGCAGAAACCACCGGUGCUGGCCGGCCGUCUCCUGAGGCUUCUUCGGACAUUGAGGGCAAGGGAACCUGA